GUCUGUGUGCGUGUAUGUGACAUCAGAUGGAAUCCAGAGGAGAUUGUCAGUCUCUAAAGUUAGACGAGGGAAAAAAAUCCAGCACUCGUUUUAAAUAAGCGUGUCAGUGGAUCGCUGUCUUUAAUACCAACAUAUUUUUCGCUUGCCCUGUGCGUUGAUUGAUUUUUUCCAGCAUUCCCUCAGCAAAUGGAUUUUUGCCACUGCAGAUCAGCAGAGGGUGUCAGAUCUUUCAGAGUGCACCAGGCUGGAACGAACAGAGCCUCUUAGCAACUGACUUGUUCCCUCAGACACACGCUCAGGCAUAUACACAGUAGUGUGUAUUGUAAUCCGGAGACAGGAUACUAAAGAAAGACAGGAAAGGCAAAGGAAGGAAUGGUGAAAUGGACAUUUUAAAAACGCAUCGAUUGCGGAAAUUUUGCAGUGUCAUUGGCUCGACGGAGAAUGUUUAGGCUGGGGCGUGAUUUCAGCACCAAGAAGCUGUGAACAGCACACAGACUGGAUGAGAGCCACAUACAGGGGAAGGUAACUGCGAUCGGCAACCUAAAUAUUGCUUUAAAUAAAGACAAAAGCAAGGAAAGCAAGGUGCUGUAUCAGGCAAAGCUUAUACAGCCAGUCUCCCUGUCUGUCUGCAGCAUGGCACUGCUGAAGAUGUGCACAAUGCACACCAGCAGCACGAUUUGUAAAACCUGACAAACACUCAGGAUCUGAUUAUUCGGAUGUUUACUGCUGCAUUCGACUUCCAUCCUACGUGACUAUAAUUUGUGGAUGUAUUAUUGACUGCCGUCUGGGAUUAUUGCAGUGGAGGAGACAAGGGGAGCACUGGAAAUCUUCAGAUCAGGUAUUUUAUUGCUGCUUUCUUUAGAUCCUCAGUAUCAGAUCUCUGUUGGAGAUGGAUUGUUAACACAGUGCGAUGAGAUCGGGAAUGCAUUGCUCUGAUUAAAAAUGCUGCUUUGGAUUCUGUUGCUGGAGAUAUCUCUUUGUUUUGCUGCUGGAAACGUUACGAGAGACGUUUGCAAAGAAAAAAUCUGUUCUUGUAACGAGGUAGAGGGGGAUCUUCACGUAGACUGCGAGAAAAAGGGAUUCUCUAACCUGCAACAUUUCUCAGCUCCCACUUCCCAAUUCUAUCAUCUGUUUUUGCAUGGAAAUUCUUUAACGAGGCUUUUCCCUAAUGAGUUUGCUAACUUUUACAAUGCCGUCAGUCUACACAUGGAGAACAAUGGCUUGCAUGAGAUUGUCCCUGGUGCUUUCCUUGGUUUGCAACUGGUAAAACGACUGCACAUUAAUAACAACAAAAUCAAAUCGUUUAGAAGACACACAUUCCUAGGACUGGAUGAUCUGGAAUAUCUCCAGGCUGAUUUCAACCUGUUACGAGACAUUGACCCAGGAGCAUUUAGGGACUUGAACAAGCUAGAGGUUUUAAUUUUAAAUGACAACCUCAUUAGCACAUUACCCACUAAUGUGUUUCAGUAUGUGCCGAUCACACAUCUGGAUCUCCGGGGAAACCGAGUUAAGACCUUGCCCUAUGAGGGGGUCUUGGAACAGAUCCCAGGCAUUGCUGAAAUUCUUCUGGAGGAUAACCCUUGGGACUGCAGUUGCGACCUGUUAUCUCUAAAGGAGUGGCUAGAGAAUAUCCCAAAGAAUGCACUGAUCGGUAGGGUUAUUUGUGAAGCGCCUACUAGGUUGCAAGGCAAUGAUUUAAAUGAGACCACAGAGCAAGAGUUGUGCCCCUUGAAAAACGCAAUUGAUUCUAGUCUAGCUGCCCCUCCUGCCCAAGAUGAAACCUGUGAUCCUGGUCCAAUCCCAACCCCCUAUAAAAUCAGUGGCCAAGAGGACUCUGCUACCCAGGGCUCCUCAGUUAGUGGAGGUACAAAGAUACCAGGAAACUGGCAAAUAAAAACUCGACCCACUGCUGUUGUGUCAGAAAUUAAUUCUAAUUUUAAAUCCCCUUAUAUAUUUGCCUGUCCUGUUAUCUGCAGUUGCGGUCAGCAAAUCGUUGGCUCUGGAUUGAAAGUAGACUGCAGUAACAAAAAUGUAAAGAGUAUGUCUGACUUGGAGCCCAAACCAUCUAAUGUGCAGGAACUAUUCCUGCGGGAGAACAAGAUCCACACUAUCCGAAAAUCCCACUUUCUGGAUUAUGGAAAUUUAACUUUGCUGGAUCUAGGAAAUAAUAAUAUUGGCAUUGUAGAGAACAACACAUUCCAGAACUUAACUGAUUUAAGAUGGCUGUACAUGGAUAAGAACUGUAUAGACACCCUCACCCCGGAUAAAUUCACUGGUCUGCAAAGCCUGGAGUAUCUGAAUUUGGAAUUUAACUUUAUUCAACUAAUCCUCCCAAACACAUUUAAUCCUAUGCCUAACCUCAGGAUUCUGAUCCUCAACAACAACCUCCUUAAAUCUCUACCUGUGGAUGUGUUUGCUGGUGUCAGCAUUUCCAAAUUAAGUCUUCAUAAUAAUUACUUUAUGUACCUCCCUGAGGCAGGGGUAUUGGAUCAGCUCACCUCUAUCAUACAAAUAGAUCUUCAUGGUAACCAGUGGGACUGCUCCUGUAAUAAUGUGCCUUUCAAACAUUGGGCAGAACGACUUGGCCCGGAGGUAAUUGUAAGUGAUCUCAAAUGUUAUUUCCCAGAAGAAUUCUGGGGGAAAGACUUCAGAUUUCUUUCUAAUGACAUGAUGUGUCCCCUGCUGUAUGCAAAAAUCUCUCCAACUCUCAAUGCUCUUAAUAAAAACAGUACUGGCCUGACAGAGACCAAUACCCAUCCCAAUUCCUACCUAGAGACAAGCCGGGUAUCUAUCUCUGUGCUAGUACCAGGACUUUUGUUGGUGUUUGUCACCUCUGCCUUCACAGUAGUUGGCAUGCUCGUAUUUAUCCUUAGGAACAGGAAAAGAUCGAAGAGAAGGGAUGCCAACUCAUCUGCCUCUGAAAUCAAUUCCUUGCAGACAGUAUGCGAUUCUUCUUACUGGCACAAUGGCCCCUACAAUGCAGAUGGCACUCAUAGAGUAUAUGAUUGUGGGUCUCAUUCACUGUCAGACUAAGAUGUGUUAGAAAGGGGAGGGGUGGGAAGAGGGUUUGUUAAAGGCAAAUAAGCACUGCACCCCCCGGAGCUAUCACUUGUUAAAACACAAAAGGACACAAUUAAUGUUGUGCAUUGCUGUACCAUUCGCUACAAUUGUGCCAUUUCCAUAAAAUAGUAUUUGUUUAAAGCUACCUUAUUGUGAAUAAUAAACACGGACGUCCAUGAAUUAUUAAAACAUUGACACAUACAGUACCAGUAAGCCAGCUGUGCUACCUGUCGCAGUACUUAAAUGUGAAUAUACACGAGAAGAGGAUGGGGUAACCAGCCAUAAAAUGUCAGAGUAUUUAUCAAGGGGAGGGGAGGGGAGGGGGGGUUGUGUUCCAGGAGCGGCUGAAAUAACAGGGGUGCUUCUAAUCAUGCAGCGUCUGCUCUCUGCUGUGUUGGUGCAGAAGUGGGAACGUUGCACGAAGGCAUGAAUGUAAUGUAAAUAAGUGACUAGUAAAACCAAGUGCUGCAUGGCUCGCAUGGAUACAGCGUACCCCGGGGGCGAUCAAGUGAACCAGAGAUCACGUCUGAGCAACCACUCUCUCUGGCCCCCAAAAGUCUCAUCUUCUCCAGUCUCUCGAUACAGUAUCGGUAUACUUAAAGUGCCAUUGCUCGAUCUCUUGUAAUGGAUCACUCAGUACAGAUCAUUAAGUUUACUGUGGGAACAAGAAAAACAAAUCUAUUGUACUGUUUUAUUUAAUAUGUGUUUGCAUGAAUAGUUUCAUUAUUUUCAAAAUUUGUUUUUCUUUAUGCAAAAUAUUUGUGUUCAUUUUAAAACAUAUCUACAUAUGCAUUUCCAUUCUGAAUGUAUGAUGAUUAUCGGUUAUUAUUAUUAUUUUUUAUUAUUAUUAUUAUAAUUAUUAUUAUUAUGGCUACAGUGUAAACAGUCAAAGGCAUUCCGAUGCAAUUAAGCAUGACGAAUUACUGUUAUUCUAAUGCUUAGGGUGGGAGGCUAGCUGGAAAAAUAAUACAUCUAAACCUAAAUAUGGUGGUAAUUAUAAAAAAAGAAAGGAAAUAACAUUGAAAACUCAGUAAUUAUAUUCGAAAAUUUUAUAAUGGCAUAUUUUUCAGUAUUAAAGUGAAAUGUUUCCAAA